AAUAGGUAGUACUCCGUAUCUUCCAUUGCUUGUAAUUUACAGCUUAACACGGGUGAGGUCGUGCGGAGGAGACGUUGAAAGACGAAAAAGAAGAAAGAUGUCGUUAGUGGAUUACGCUUCGUCCGACGGCGAAGAAGAUCAAGAAGAUGCACCCAUCAAACAACCCCAACUUCAUCCUCAGCCUUCCACCACCACCUCCUCCGACGCUCCUUCUCAAUCUAAAUCCCUUCAAUCCCAAUCAAUCAAAUCAUCGUCUAAUCAAUCAUCAAAAGAUGUCUCACCUUCACCUAUUGGGAAUCUCCCUGAUGCUUCAUUGCUCUUAAGUUCUCCUAUCUCAUCUCAGCAAACUGGUAGUGAUCACUUUUCUCGAGUUGCAGCUGCUAUGGCUGAGAAUGCGUCACGCAAGAGAGAAGCAAACGGGCCAAGUUCUUCAAAUAUCCGUGGUAAAAUUCCAAGAGGGAAUCUUCCACACACGAAGGACAUUCCAGAUACUAGCAGUGGAGUGUUGAUGCCUCCCCAGCUUCGUGGCAGGAGCAAUGUUGUCACAGAAGAUAUCAACAAGCUUUUUGUUAGAAGAAACUCUCAAGGAAAGACGUAAGCUUUAUGGAGUGUUUAUGUUGUCAUGCCAUAGAAAGUUCCAAGCUUUCAAUGUUAAGGGAUUGUUAUGCCAUAUAUUCGGCUCUGGGCUUGAAAGAUUGUUGUUGGCUUGUUACUCAUGGGACUCGUCAUAUCAAGGUCUAUCCCUUAUUGUUGUCUGCAAUAAUCAUAGGUCAUCUCUUCUCCCUUUGUAAGCUGACUGUUAUUUGCUUAAUUACUUCUGAUGACGACACAGUUUGUACCAUAGCCAUGUAUUUUCUAGGUCUGGUGAAUGAUACAACAGAUUAUUGUAGAGUUAGUACACUGUAUUCAUUGUACAUUUGAUAUGUUUGAUAUGUUAUUUGAUAUGUUUCAUUGUACAAUAUAUAAUAUGUUAUUUCAUAUUCAUACAUCUGAUAUUUCAUUUUUCAUUUAGCCUGUUUCAUAUUAUAUAUCAAUUGUUUCAUUGUAUAUAUUUGUUGUGCCGUUGUUCCUUGGUACAUCUAAUUGUUUCAUAUUACACAGAUCAAGGCAUUUUCUAAAUUUCUAAAUGAAAAGAAAGUUGGGAAUGGACGGGGAGUGUCUAGAUUCAAUACCACUAUGAAGGAAAUGAGAUGGAAGAAUAAUGAGAAUUAUAAUGACUGCGGUGUAUACGCUCUCAAACACAUGGAAACUUACAUGGGGCAGCUAGAUGAAUGUUGGGAUAUUGGAUUCGACCCAAAAGAUCCUGAUAUAAUGAAGAAGCUGAGGAUUGAGUAUUGUGGGAAAAUAUUGACAAGCCCUGCAAACGUACUACAAGAUGAAGUUAUAGCCAAAUCAAAGACCUGGGCAUUAGAGCAGC